CCGGUCAGUUUCAAAGUGAAUCUCCUUCCCUCUGGGUAACUCUUCAUCCUGGGAGGGAGACAGAGAUGGGAGGAGGGGAAACUGUUCACUUGUAGCAACUGGAGUGAAUCCAGGGAGGGAGCAGACUCCGCAAACUCAGAGUAUUUGAAAAUCUGAAGACUGAAGUUUCAAAAUCAACAGAUGAAGGACUUAUGCCCGAAACAUUGACUCUCCUGCUCCUCGGAAGCUGCCUGACCUGCUGUGCUUUUCCAGCGCCACAUUUUUUGACUGACUCUCCAGCGUCUGUAGUCCUCACUUUGAUGUCAAUGUCUGACAGUCACUCAAUCCAUCGGGACAGCAACGAUUUUUGAUUGUGAUUUCUGUGAGAGGGAUCAACGCUUUUCGGUUCAUGUUUGAAGACGUUUUCAGCAUCAGGUGGGACUGGACGAGAGACCCCACUGUUGAAGCACACUGUGUGUGGAGCCUGAAACAGUUAUACGGCCUGGGAAGGUGAUUUCACAGCAGGGAGGGGCUCUACACGUGUUUGUGAGCAGCUGAAGCUGUGGCCAUGGAGAAACCUGAGGAAUCCCACCCUGUGGAGAAACCGUGGAAGUGUGGUGACUGUGGGAAAGGCUUCCGUGUACCGUCUACCCUGGAGACUCAUUGGCGCAGUCACACCGGGGAGAGGCCAUUCCCCUGCACUGACUGUGGGAAGGCCUUUACCGACGUCUUCACCCUGCGGAGCCACCAGCGGAUCCACACCGGGGAAAGACCCUUCAGCUGCUCUGUGUGUGGGAAGGCCUUCAGCUAUUCCUUCCACCUGCGGAGCCACCGGCGCGUCCACACGGGGGAGAGGCCCUUUAGCUGCCCCGAAUGUGGGAAGGCCUUUACCCAUGUCUGCGCCUUGCGGAGCCACCUGCGUAUCCACACCGGGGAGAGGCCCUUUAGCUGCCCCGGGUGCGGGAAGGCCUUUACACAUGUCUCCUCCCUGCGGAAGCACCAGCAGAUCCACACGGGGGAGAGGCCCUUUACCUGCUCUCAGUGUGGGAAGGCCUUCAGCAUAUCUUCCUCCCUGCUGAGGCACCAGCGGAUCCACACCGGGGAGAGGCCGUUCAUUUGCUCUCAGUGCGGGAAGGGUUUCACCCGCUCCUCCCACCUGCGGAGACACCAGCGAGUUCAUGUGCCAUCACAGGGGGAUUGAAGGAGUGACGGCUGAGUCCCAUUAUCGAUUGGAAUAUCAACCCGGUUCCGGGGACUCCCGGGUUUGAAUCCCGCCACGACAGAUGGCAGAAUUGGUAUUCAGUCAGAAAUGUGGAGUUUGGAAUCUAACGAUGAGACCGUUUCAGGGAGGGGGUGGUGCAGGGGAGAAAGCCCCCAUCUGAUUCCCUCUCUCCCUUGUUAGGGAAGGGAACCGCCAUUGUGGGAAAGGAUUCACUCAGUCGUUCCAGCUGCAUCCUUUACCCGGUCUGGCCUACACGUGACUCCAGACCCACAGCAGUCUGGUUGACUCUACACUUCCCCUUCCUGGCAAAGGAGCGGGGAGAAACUUACUUGGAGACAGGGUAUGGGUUGAAAUUGCUGAGUGAGGCAAUACUUCCUCCGGGUUACGGCUGUACCAAGGAUCCAAUUACAAAGGGACAACUUAGUGCUGACCAAUCGUAAAGACAGUGGGGGUAGGGACAGGGGAGGUGUGGUGUGUGCACGUUCACCUUGAGCUGUUCUAAAAGCAACUACUUUGUCUCUGCCUUUUUGCUGGGGGGGAUCUGAAUCUGUAACAAAGUUGGGUUGCAAUAAAGGUUACCUGAACUUA